AUGUUCAAUGAAAGUUCCAGCGGUAAGGGAAAAGAUCUCACUCACUCAUCAUUAUGCUCUUUGCGUCCCUUCUCACUCUCCUCCACCGCUCUGGCGUCCCCUCUCGAGAGUCAUCAGGCUAACACCAACACCAACGCUAACAUCAACCAAAUCGGUGAUGCUCUCGACCAGAGUGUCCACAUCAACAUUCCCAACAUCGUAACCCUCCAAGCAUGGCAUCAAGCCAACGAUAGCACCAUCGGGGAACAGAUCGACGAGCCCACCACCAUCUUCCGGGUUACAGCCCAGGACCUGAGCGACAUCCCAUCAGUGCGGGCUCUACCACAGUCAGGCCUACGAACGAUUAUAUCAGUAUUACUUUCGCGACCGUCCUGUCAUACAUCCACCUUUGGUUCCGGUAUUUAG